UAACAACUUCAGUCAGACUCACGGGGGAAUGUACUCAGACUGUCCGGAGAAGUUUUCUGCAACUACAACUGUUUAGUUAACCACGACUGAAAGGGGAAAUGGAGACAGCGGUGUACACUUCUGUAGUGAAGUAAGAGGAGCCGAGGGGAAACUUUACCGGGUUGGUGUCCUACCUCUGAACGUCGACAUUUCAUCACUGUGAUUUAAACCAGGCACGGACCACACAACAGACUUCCAGACCUCCUAUACCAGCUUCCAGCCACUAUGUCCUAGCUAACAGCGGCCCAGCCCCCUCCCCUGACCAUCCUGUCCCUUCAACCCCAGUCCCUCUCUCCGUCCCUCAUCUCCACUCCUGAUGUGGUGAUUUCUGGUUGUAGCACCAGCGGCGCCCCUUCUGGCGUGAUGAGCAGCCUGCACCAGCAGCAUCAUGGCAGCACAGGCUCAGAGCGAGACCUUCACUCUGCUGCCUCCUCUGUUAGCCUCCCUUCAGUUAGAAAGACCCCCAAGAAGCGUCGUCUGUCCCUCCACUCACUCUUUGGUCGACGACGAAGGCAUGACCGCGACCCGAAGCGUAAGUCCCGGCCUUUGCAGGCUGCAGCUGGGGUUGAAGGCAUUGUCAGCACCGAAAGUGUCCAGCCAGAGACGUUCCAUGACAAAACUUGUGCCCAGUCUGCGCUGGGCGCAGUAUCGACUUCAUCAGUAUCAGGUUCUUCAUCAGAGCUGCUCGAGUGCCCUCUGUGCCUACUGCGCCAUACACGCGAGCGCUUCCCAGACAUCAUGACCUGUCACCACCGCUCCUGCGCAGACUGCCUGCGACAGUAUCUGCGCAUCGAGAUCUCAGAGUCCCGAGUCAACAUCUGCUGCCCCGAGUGCUCGGAGCGCUUCAACCCCCAUGACAUCCGGUUGAUCCUGGGGGACCGAGCCCUCAUGGAGAAGUAUGAGGAGUUCAUGCUGAGGAGGUGGCUCGUGGCUGAACCUGACUGCCGCUGGUGCCCUGCGCCGGACUGUGGUUAUGCAGUCAUUGCGUUUGGCUGUGCCAGCUGCCCAAAGAUCACCUGUGGGCGUGAGGGCUGUGGGACAGAGUUUUGCUACCACUGCAAACAGCUGUGGCACCCCAACCAGACAUGUGACACAGCACGGCAACAGAGGGCCCAAACCUUCCGGCUGAGGAGCUUCAGGUCCUCCUCUCUCAGCUACAGCCAAGAGAGUGGAGCUGCAGGAGAUGACAUCAAACCGUGUCCUCGUUGUGCUGCCUACAUCAUCAAGAUGAAUGACGGAAGCUGUAAUCACAUGACCUGUGCUGUCUGCGGCUGCGAGUUUUGCUGGCUCUGCAUGAAGGAGAUCUCUGACCUGCACUAUUUAAGUCCGUCAGGCUGCACCUUCUGGGGGAAGAAGCCGUGGAGCAGAAAGAAGAAGAUUCUCUGGCAGCUCGGCACAUUGGUGGGCGCACCCGUGGGCAUCGCCCUCAUAGCUGGCAUUGCCAUCCCUGCAAUGAUCAUUGGCAUCCCAGUCUAUGUGGGCAGAAAGAUCCAUAAUCGCUAUGAGGGGAAAGACAUCUCCAAACACAAGAGGAACUUGGUAAUAGCUGGUGGUGUGACGCUGUCUGUGAUCGUGUCGCCUGUGGUCGCAGCAGUCACUGUUGGCAUCGGCGUUCCCAUCAUGCUGGCUUACGUCUACGGAGUCGUCCCGAUCUCACUGUGCCGGAGCGGCGGCUGUGGAGUGUCUGCUGGCAAUGGCAAAGGAGUGCGAAUUGAGUUCGAUGACGAAAAUGACAACAUAGGCAGCGGGGCGGCAGCCACAGACACGACCUCGGUGGCUGAGACUCGGCUCAACAAUCCCAGCCUCGGAGACGGGGCGAGUGUCGGUGGCCUGACGGGCCUGAGCCUCAGUGUCAGUGGAACCCACAUGGAGCGCUGCGGCAUGAGUUCCACUCAGCGGGACAACAUGAGUGACAAUGCCAGCACCACAGCCCUCGCUGGGACGAGCAUCACUGGCAGCCUCUCUGGCAGCUGCUACAACAGGAUGGAAGUUCAGGCUGAUGUCCAGAAGGAGCGCUGCAGUCUGAGUGGAGAGUCAGCCACCGUCAGUCUUGGGACAAUCAGCGACAAUGCGAGCACAAAGGCAAUGGCAGGAUCCAUCCUCAAUGCCUAUAUGUCUCUGGAAAGAGACAAUAGUCUGGAAGUUCAGGCAGACGUGGAAUCCAAACAGGAGAAGGUGAGACACUGCAGCGCCAGCAGCAGCCUGGAUGAAGCCAGCUGUAGCAGUAGCACUGCCGGCCUUAAAGGUGCUAGCGGUGGUACUUGCUCAUGCCCCUCCACCUGCUGCUGUGCGCAGCUCGACAACCACUGCUGCCCCUCGUCCCCCUGGUCCAAGGAAGCCUCCACUUCAGGGGGCAAGAAGAGCAAAGGAAAGCUUUGGAAAAGAGCCAGCAGCAGCAGCAGCAAGGGAGACACAAAAAUUAAUGAGACACAGGGAGAAAUGGAUGCUCAGCUCCUGGAGCAGCGCAGCACUAACUCCUCCGAGUUUGAUUCACCGUCUCUGAGCGGCAGCCUGCCCUCAGUGGCCGACUCGCACUGUAGCCACUUCUCAUCAGAGCUCAGCUGCUCGGACCCUGAAACCUCAAGACCGGCUCAUCCAGCCUGCUCCGCCUCAACGGACCCCCACCCUCAUCAUCCCGCAACCACCUUCAAUGACGUCACCAUCACACCCAUGCCCGAGGUGGAGCACGACCGCCUGGAGCAUUACCCACCUCAGAGUAGCCACGCAGCUUUCACCCACCGCCUGCUGUCGUCCUCUCCACCUGCCUCACCAAAAGAGGGAAGUAGUGGGACGUUCCUGUACAUCAGCGAGGAGAGCAGAGGCGACGUCGCAGAUACCGAGCCAGAGAAAGACGAGAAUAUUAAAGAAACCACCAAAAACACUGCCGCACAGCCUGUAAGCCCAACGAGGAAGCAAUGUAUACAGACAGAUAUUUAAAGGAGCUGUCCUGUUCUUUGGGUGCUAACUAAGUUAGCCUUAUUACCUACUUUCACUCAUGAGUUCCUCAAUCCCCCCCCCACACACACACACACACACCUUGGGAACAUGGUGGUGAAGUUUGAGGCUAUAAGUUUAAGUCUAAUUAUAUUUGAAUCUGAUGUGGAGGAAGGGAUAUUAAGUGAAUGUCAGUCUAUACAGUUACAGAGAGGUCGAGGUCCAAGUUGGAAAGAGAAUAAUGUAAACAGGAGCACAGUGAAGUCAGAGUGGAUCGGUUGGUUCUGUUCUUCAGUGACGGAACAAGCAAGACGUGUGAACCAGAAGUUUCAGCCAGGUCAGUAGGUAGAGUUGAAUGUAUGUGGACAUGUGUAAAAUAUGUUAUGACGGUGGUGAGAUACUGUAGAAGGGCCAUCCAGCCGUUAUGAUCUGCAAAGUCUGACCCCUGAAUGAUUUACUGAAUCCAAGCUGAAGGCACAGCAGAGGUGGAUAGGAAGAAGUAAAAUGUGAUAUUCUUUACAAUAGUAAGGUGAGCUGCUAUUUUAAAGCCUAAACCUGAUCUCCCUCGUGACAUCUGCAAAUCGGGGAUGGAUAUGUCAUCACUGUGGUCCACCGCUGUGCCACCAGUUCAUUCUGUGACUUCUUAAAAUGGCAUGAAACACCACAGCUAAAGGAUUGUUGAACCUAAGAGGGACCAGUCCACACAGUAGCAGAUUUUAUUUUUCCAUAAUCAAUCUAUAAGACAAAUUAUUAUUGUUGCUUUCUGUUGUUAAAAUGUUUUUGUGCUUUGUCUUUGCCUAUUUUUAUUUUCCAUUUUGGGAAAGUUGGUUUUAAUGUUGAAGCCCUGUGUUGGGUCCAAACUUUUUACCGUGAUGGGGUGGGAAUUGUGUCGACAACAAACUGUAGCCUCUUUCUUUUUAAAAUAUUGGGGUUUAAGACAGUUGCCAUCUUGCAUUUUUCCAUCUUAACAAGCCCUUGUCUGCAUUGGUAAAAAAUCUAGUUUUGUAGUACAUAAUAGAAUUAUGAGAGGUACAGUCCUGAGGCAGCGUAACUGAGAAAAGCAAAAAAGCGAAAUUUUUAAAUUCAAAACUGUGGCAUUCUUUGUUUUGCUUGUUUUAGUAAUCUGACACUAAGUCAACCAAACAAUUUAUUUGCAAUAAGAAGCUCGGAUAUACUUAAAGGUGCAAUUAUGAACUCCCUUCAGUGAUUUAAUAUUAAGCUGUGACCGUAUGAUGAUAAAGGCCUACAUUCUCCCCCAGUAAAUCAAAAUAUCAUUUUUCAUUCAGAGCUUUGGGUGUAUUUUAAAUACAAUGUAAAACAAAUUAAGUUGUUUUCUCAGAUCAUUGCAAAUGAUUAAUGCAAAUAAUUUUAUAUUUGGUGGACCCACAGUGCCUUUUGGGGGAAAUCCUUUUGUAUAGUGUUUUUAUUUUUAUUUUUAUUUCUUCUUAUUGUCUUCAAAUGAUAAGCAUAAAAAUCACGAGAGAAUGAAUUAUAUUUGCCUCAUAAAACGCUUGAAAUGCAUGAAGCCUGAUGCUACAUACUAACCCCUCCACUGAGUGCUAAUGCUAGCUGUCGCAAUAGCUUGUUUAGCCUACCAAAGACUGCUCUCAAGCCACUGCAGUUUAAAGUUCACUUCUUCACUAUCAACCAUUAAUGGAGUCGAUGGUACCUGAAUUAUUUCCCUGUAGAAACUCUACUUUAAUACAUGAGGAGAGUUCAGUCCAUGAGGUUGAAAAAUCACAAUACGAUACUUUAAAUCUCAAGACCAAAAUCUUUGUUUGGGUCAUUUUUUAGGAAUAAUAUAUUGAAAUUGUUUCCCUAAAGUAGCCAAGUCAGUUCACCAGUGUAGUGGGUCAGCUCCGGUUGGCAAUAAAAACCCUUUUUUUUUUUUUUUUAUCCAAAGCGAUCAGCAUUUUGUGCGUCAGAUGUUCAGCAGCUGUUGUGAAUUUUCAGCCUGACCACAGAUGACUCUGCUGGGAUGUCAACCGGCCGAGCUCAGCGUGAGCCGUCCGGGAGUAAAGAGUGGGUCAUCAGAGAAGCUGCGGUGUCGACUAAAAGCGUUUCGGUGCACCUCAAAAGCCUCCAGCUGCAGGAUAUUCCCACCCUGUUUAUGUUCAUUCUGUAAAAAAACGGCUGUUAAAUUCCUGUGAGUUUUAUAUUAUUAUUUGAAGACUAGUGCCAGGUCUAUUUUCUAACUUGGUCAAAAGAAACGUAUGCUAUUUGAAAACGUAUGUAUUCCCUAAUUAUUUGCUUUAUAAUGUGCAUGUAAAUGCAUAUCCUUAAACAAUAAAACUCUCAAUGAAG